AUGGAAGGAGGUGAUGAUCAUCUCCACCGCCGCCACAACUUUCCAUUCCAAUUGCUGGAAAAGAAAGAAGAUGAAGCCAGCUCCUCCACCUCAAAUUAUCCAUCUCUAGCCAUCUCCGCCGCAGCAGCCGAUACAUUAAACCCUAGAGCCACUACUCCACCACCAACAGCCUCGUCAAGCCACUACGUCUCCAACGAGACAUCCAAGAAGCCGCCACCCAAGCGUACGACAACGAAAGAUCGUCACACCAAGGUGGAUGGACGUGGCCGACGAAUCCGAAUGCCUGCACUCUGUGCUGCUAGGGUUUUUCAGCUCACAAGAGAACUCGGCCAUAGGUCCGAUGGAGAAACCAUUGAAUGGCUGCUUCAACAAGCUGAGCCGGCUGUCAUUGCCGCCACCGGCACUGGUACAAUCCCGGCAAACUUCACUUCACUCAAUAUAAGUGUACGAAGCUCAGGUUCCAGCAUAUCAGUGCCAUCUCAAUUAAGAUCUACGUACUUUGACUCGAAUUUCUUGAUGCCUCAACGCCGGGGGCUUUUACCAAGCAUUGGAUUAUCAUCGGAGAAUCCCUCAACGACGAUGUUGAACUUUCAGUCGACAAGCCUUAACCCUAAUUUGUUGCAGGCUAAGCCGGAGUUGCGAGAGAACACACUAAACUUAAUGGAAACUGAGGAAAGUAUAGGGCGAAAACGUAGGCUGGAGCAAGAAUUACGGCAACCUCAGAAUCAAAUAGGAAAUUAUUUUCUGCAGUCAAGUACCGGUUCGAUUCCGGCAAGCCAUGCUUCAAUUCCGGCAAAUUUUUGGCCGCCGGUGGCCAGUUCAAAUAAUCAAGUGAUGAAUGGCGAUCCCAUUUGGACAUUUCCUUCAGUAAAUAACAGUGCUGCUGCUGCUGCUACUUUGUAUAGAGGUACUAUGUCUAGUGGGCUGCAUUUUAUGAAUUUUCCCACUCCCGUUGCUCUAUGGCCUAGUCAACAAUUAGGUUCGAGUAUUGGCCGUGGCAGUGGCAGCAGUGGCUCGAUAGAAGGGCAACUUGGCAUGCUUACAGGGCUAAAUCAGUAUUGGACAGACGACGCCCCCAAUGAAUCUCAAUCUCAAGUGAGCAAGUCUCCGUAA